AUGCUGGAAACAGAUCUACAUCAUAGUAACAUGCCAUAUAGAUUGAUACUGCAGUUCCCCGCUCCUAGUCUUUUACAUUAUUCGUCACUUUCUGUUUGCUUCGAACCUUCUCUCCCUCCUCCUAUUUUAAUAGAGAAUCCUGCAGAAAUCCUACUGUAG